CAGUCACAGUCGCUUGGUUGCAACCACACAAACGUCCAACUACACUACACCACACGUCAACACCGACUCCGCCAAACACACACAAGAUGGGUUUCGAGUGGCUCGCACCUAUCCUCACGCCAGAAGCUCUGCGCUCCGUCGAGGCCGACGGCCGACCCGUCAUCACGCUGUUUGGCGUCAUUGCCGGGCUCAUUGCGCUCAGCGUCCUGAUUUGGUACACGCACUUUGUCACGUCCAAAAUGUAUCCGAAAAAGGUGGAUCCCAAUGCGAAAAAGGGAAAGAUGCUCGGCUUCAUCCCGCGAUAAGCGUUGGCAUACAUGCACACAUCACUACGGCGAACAACAGAAGAGGGGUCCAGUCGUAUCCAAAGCACCAAAGGCGUUCGUCGGUACUCGGCUGCAGGGUCCCAACGGCCGUGGCUAUCGCGUAUUAUUGUUAUUCUUUCUUUUCUUUUUCCUUGAUUUCUUUCCACAAUACCCCCUGGUGCGCACGCAAACCAUCCAUCCGUCCAAUACGCCUCUAUACCCCCCCC